CUGCUUUUCCGGCCCAUGGUCCCAGACUCAGCCGACAUUCUCAUGCCCGGCGUUGCCCUCGCCCACGACGCCCAUACUGUAGCGCUAGAACCGCAGGCGCAGCAUCUGGCUUGUUUCACCGGUGGCAUGUUUGCGCUCGGUGGCCGACUGGUCGAAAACGAUACCUACAUUGAAUAUGGUCGAAAGGUGACCGACGCUUGUGUCUGGGCGUACAAGAACGCUCCCAACGGAAUCAUGCCCGAGAGCUUUACCAUGACUGCAUGCCCAUCGCGGGACGCAUGCCCGUACAACGAUACUAUCGGCCAACAGCAUCCUGGAUUCGCAGAAGUGUCAGACCCACACUAUCAUCUACGCCCAGAAGCCAUCGAGUCCGUCUUCUACAUGUAUCGCAUUACUGGCGAUUCCGCAUACCAGGACAUUGCGUGGGACAUGUUCCAGGCCAUUGAGAGCAAGACGCGAACAGACUUGGCCAAUGCAGGCCUCGAGAAUGUGAUGGAGGACAGUGGUGCGAAAGUGGAUAAGAUGGAAUCCUUUUGGCUGGCCGGAAGCUUAAAGUAUUUCUAUCUCAUUUUCAGCCCACCGGGGAAGAUGAGCCUGGACGAUUGGGUAUUCAACACCGAGGCGCAUCCUUUCCGUUUGAGAGGAGCGAGAGAGAAGUAG